AUGGCCUCUCCAUCCCAGCCUGUGUUCCAGCACCAAGCCUUGGCUAAAGGAGACUACGUAACUGCUUCGAGCCUUCGCCACUUCCAACAAUCCCAGCAACAGGGCCAGAAUAAUUCGCCGACGUCGCAGCAGCAGCUACAGGCGUCGCUGGGCCUGGGGCAAAUCGACCAACAUGGCCACCCGAUGCCUGUGCUGCACCACCAGCAGUUCCACCAUGUUAGCAUGGCGCAAUCUGCUCAAGCAGCAGCGGCAGCCGCUGCUGCAGCUGUAGCUGCUGCAACCGCGUCCGGUUUUCCACCCCAAAGAGGCGAUCAGCAGCAGGAUCCAGAUCAGGACCAGCAGGGAGAGCAGGAGAGGCAUCAGGAUCAGCAAGAUCAGAGGCAGCAGGAUCAGAACCAGGCUCGCCAGUUGAGGCCGGGGUCGCCGCAGCAAGGCGGAGCGAUGCAAACGGCGGAUCCGCAACAACAGGCGCAGCAGGCGCAGCAAGCGCUGCAGAAGCGCAAGGGCCCAGGCGAUCCGGCGGCGGGAUCCGCGCUUCACGCCUGCAGCGCGCCGACGGAUUUGGCGGGGAAUCCGUUGCGCCGAACGCUGUGGAUUCGCUUCAAGCACGGGCGGCCGACAGAAGUGGAGCUGGAAGAGGACGAGUUGCACAUCGACCACCUGAAGAAACGCCUGAAGCUGCUGUUUCCGAAGAUGCUGGGCCACGUGGAAGUGUUCGAGUUCUCAAUAAGGCACUCAGCUGCGGAUCAUGGCUGCGUCCCCGAGGAUUUCCCGUUGGAUCAUCUGCGGGAGGGCAAUCGCGCUGCUGCUCCACUGCUUGUCGAUGCGCCGGAGCCAAUGGCUCCGCCGGUGUGCCUCGACCCUGCAGCAGGUCCGGGGGGGGUGAACCUCUCAUACGUGGUGGACGGCGGUCGCGACGACGCGUUUGGUGCGAUGGGCGCGGUACCAGGCUCGCUCGCAGGGAAGGGAAUAGGCAUGGGCCCAGGCGGCAUGGGCGGGGGUGGGAUGCACUGCGAUCCGGACGCUGAGAUGCGGGGGCUGUUCCACACGGAAGCUGCAGCGCCGCCGCCUGCAGAAGUCAAGGUCGGAGGGAGGAAACGGAAAAACGCUGCUGGGGGUGGAGCGGGCGGUGCUGGGGGAGCAGGGGGUUCGGGCGGUUUGGCGCAUCUUGGGGCGAACGGGCUGACGGAGAUCUCCCCGAAUAGUCGCAGCAAGAAGGCAGCGGAUGGGCUGCACAAGGGGCAGAGCAUCAUCAUGCGUUACAACAAUGAGGACGUGGCCAAGGCUCGCAUUGUCUCGUGUGAACGGAGUGGGUUCUGCAAGGUGCGACUGCACAGCCUGAUCACAGACGGCAGCACGCUGCUGUAUGAGAACAGCCUGCCUUCGGGUCUGCGCAUACCCCUCAAACUUCCGCAUGCGAGCACGCUCCCCGGAACAGGGACUUCUGACAACGCGGAUGGUGCAGCCCAAAACCACAACCUCUUCCUGUCAAACCUCGCAACUUCGGCGGAUUCUCAGCCGCCGCUUACGGUGCUUGUGGCACCACCUUCUGCCUGUCAUCUCGCAGCCAUGCCCGCGCGUGCCGCAACAUGCUUCGUCCCUUCCGCGUCCCUUCUCUGCGCACAUGCCGCCACUGCUCCGCGCUUCCACGGCGCGCGGAAAAUGGCGUCCGCGGCUUAUGCUAAGUGCGUUUUGCAUAGCUCAGAUUCGUGCUCCAAUGGUAGCGCGCCUGCGCUAAUGCGCACGAUCCGCGGAGGAUCCAGCUCCGCGCAAGGCUCACUCGCUGCGCAACCAUCGUGGGGAUCCCACGGAGGCCGCGCCAUGGCAGGGUUUGGGGUUUGGAGAUCGUGCGUAUCGUCACGGUUGGUGCACACUGCUACCAUCGUGCGGUCGAGCGCCGUGCGGUCGAGCGCCGUGCGGUCGAGCGUCGAGCGGUCUAGCAGUGUCGUGCGCUCUUCUAGCAGCAGCAGCAAUAUCUACUGCCUCGGUCUCCUAGGUUCUCGUCCUUCUCGCCUUUCCAGUCGCCGUUUCGCCAGCUCGACCCCGCACCCGCCUCGCCACGGAUCCCCUGCAUCUCAUUAUCGCGCUUCGUUCUCAAUUAUUUCCACCACCUCCUCCUCCUCCCCCUCCUUCGCCGCCGCCGCUUCCGCUUCCGCCCCGUCCUGGCGACCUGGCGCGCCCUCGCCUUCCCCGUUUGUUCUCUCCGCUUUUCCGGCUUUUGCUGCGCCAUCCGCGCUCCCCGCUUCCGCUAGCUGGGCCAGCUUCCCCGCCGCUGCAGCGCUCUCUUCCCCCACCGAUGCUGCGCGUGUGGGCUGGGUGCGCGGACUCGGCAGCUCCGCGGGGGCUUCCGUUGCGCCGAGGCGGAAAGAGCGGCUGCGGAUAGUUGAUAAGACCGGCGGAGAGGCGAAUAAGGCAUUGGGAAUAAGAGAGAAGAAGAAGAAGAAAAAGAAGAAGGCUGGGAAAGCGGACGAGAAGAAGCCGACCAAGUAUUACGGGGAAGGGUUCGGAACGACGGGGGUUCCGCUUGCGCGGAGGUGGGGGGAUUACGACAAGCGCCAGUGGGAGGAUCCGGAGGGGUGGCGCGGGGGGAUCUUAGGGCGCCCGGAAAUCGCGGGGAGCCGCGCGAAACCGGUGGAUGGGGCGACGAUGAGGGUUUAUAAGAACUGGGGGCGGCUCGAGGAUGGACUGUCGCAGUUGAAAGCGCUGCAGCGGGGGGAAGGGGAGGGAGAUUCGCGGAGGGGGAAGGUGGGGAGUGGAGAAGCGGUUGCGGAGUGGGGAGGGGGAAGGGGGAGAGGGGGAGGGGGAGGGGGAGGGGGAGGGGGAGGGGGAGGGGGAGGAGGCCGUUUGAAAAAAAAGGCGGGAGAAUUCAGUUGGAAGCCUGAUUCGAACGAUUUGCAUGGCGCUCGUGCAGUUGGGGGGAAGGACGAUGAGAGAGAGGAGAGGGGGGAGAGAGGUGAUUGGCGGGAGAGUGGGCGGAGGGAGGGUGGCGGGAGGGGAAGAGAGGAGUGGGGGGAGAGAGGGGUGCGGGGAGAGGGGCGCGAGAGGGGCGGUGGGGGAGCGUGGGGCGGCGGCGGGGGGAGCGGCGGCUGGGGGAGUGAGGGGCGGGAGCGGGGCGGGGAAUGGGGUGAGCGGAAGGAGUAUAGGGGCGAGCGGGACUUCCGGGGGGAUAAUCAACAGGUGAGGCAGUAUGGGGGCGGAAGGGAGUAUGGCGGAGGAAGGGGGGGAAGGGACGCGGGGGAAGCUACAAGGGGAAGAGCCCCCCGCAGGGAAACAGGACGUCGGGCUUGGGAUGACGUGGACAGUGGCCGUAGUGAUGAGGACGCUGACGUCAUGGCGUUCUGGUCCAACGUGGACGUGGACAGUCCCCCAGGCGCCGCGCGGAGGGGCGCAGAUCAGGGGGCGGGGCGGGGGAGGGUCGGGGGAGACGCGGGGAGGGGAAGGGGCGGAGAAAGCGGAGGCGAGAGAGGGGAAGGGAGGGGUGGCGGAGGGGGAGGAAAGGGUUGGUCGCAGGAUUAUGCGGCUAUGGAGUGGGGAGAGGGGCAGGGGGGAGCGGCAGGGGGAGAGGCGGAAGGGGACGGGGAAGGGUUUGGGGAGCCCAGGCGCGGGGGAGCGGGCCGUGGAAGGGGCAUGCGCAGCAGCGCGCCUGGCGCUGGGGAAAGCGGAAACUGGGGGGCUGCGGAAGGCAGGGGGGAUGUAUACGGGGGAGAUGGCUGGCGGGGAAGGGCAGUCGGGGGAGCUCCGCGCGCGGUGAUGAGGGAAGGGGCGCAGGGGCGGGCAGAUGGCGGAAUGGACAGGGGGGGAUGGGGGGGCCAGGGGGAAUUCGGAGGGCGGAACGCGCAGGGUGCAGGGAGGGGGAGAGGAGGGGGCGGACAGGGGGGGAGAGGGGGCGAUUGGGGGGGCAUGGGGUCACGAGGCAGCAGGGAAGGUGGGUGGGGAGUGAGCGGCGGGGGGAGAGGGGGAAGCGGGGGGGGCGGUCUAGGUGCACGGGGAGGGGUAGGGGGAGAUGCGAGAGGGAUGGAUGGUAUGCAGUCUAACAGAAGGUCUCGGGCCGAGGAGCCGUUUAGAGGUCCCAGUGGGCGGUUCAGCGAUGCAGAGGAGAGUGAUUAUGAGAAUGCAGAUGGUGCUGAUGAGGGCGACUACGAUGAUGACUGGAACAGCAGCAGCAGUGGCAGCGGCAGAGGAGGGGCGUCUAUCACGCCGUCUGACCUCCUCGGAGAGCCCAUCUACGGCGUGUCCCCCGUGCUGGCCGCGCUCCUCUCCUCGCGCCGCCGCAUCCACGCGCUCUACACGCAGGAAGGCCUACAAGACGGGCCCAAAGGCGGGGGCAAGCGCAAGGACAAGGCCGCUGUCGAGCGCGUGCUGCGCGUGGCGGAACAGAGCGGUGUAGAGCGGUUGUCCGUGAGCAAGCACGAGCUGAAUCUGCUGUCUGGGAACCGGCCGCACCAGGGGUUGGUGUUAGAUGCGUCUGCGCUGCAGCUAGAGCCGAUCGAGGCGCUCCCGGUGUGGUCCGCUGGUGCUGCAGUGGCACGCGCUGCUGUUGGUGCAGGUGCAGGAGAAGCAGGGGCGGAAGCAGGACCGGCCGGGACAGGGGUGGCGGAGAGGGCGACAGCAGGGGCGACAGCUGGGGCGGCAGGGACGGCAGUGGCGGCGCCGGUGUGGGUGGCGCUGGACGAGGUGACGGAUCCGCAGAACCUGGGGGCGAUUCUGCGGUCGGCGCACUUCCUGGGGGCGGGCGGCGUGGUGGUGUGCGCCAAGAACUCCGCCCCGCUCUCCGCUGUGGUGUCCAAGGCCAGUGCGGGCGCACUCGAGAUCAUGCAGGUGCACGAGUGCAGCAACAUGAUGCGUUUCCUCGCCCGUUCUGCCGCCAAUGGCUGGCUAGUGGUGGGCGCAGCAGCAGACCCCUCCGCCAUCCCCAUCUCCCGCCUCUCCUCCGGAGGCUCCCCCACGCUGCUGGUGCUGGGGAGCGAGGGAGCAGGGCUGCGGACCAAUGUCAAGCGCGCCUGCGCGCACCUUGUGCGGAUUAGCGGAGCGGGUUAUUGUGGGGAUGGAGAGGGAGAGGAUGGGGCAGGUGGAGCUGUGGGGGAUGUGCGUGGGCUGGGGGCUGGGAGUGGCGUGAAACGUGGAGGUAAGAGAGGAAGGCUCAAGGUGGUGGAUAGUCUGAAUGUGAGUGUAGCUGCUGGCAUUCUUCUACACCAUCUUAUCAACUCCUCUGUCGACGCAAAGGAGCAGCCGUAG